CCGCUACAAUCCUUCUAAAGGCGUUUUCCGACGAAAGAAAAAGUGCCAAUUAAAGCUAUAAGGCGGUGUUCUGUUCGGUUAUACUCACACUGACGUCACCAGAAGUGCAGCUUUAUCACGAAACGGAAGAAAAGCGGCGAGCGGGACGUCACAUAGCUAACAGGCGCGCACGUCCUUUGAACGUCGCGCUGACGUGUCUGUGUCACGCGCCCGUAGUGACGUCACCCGCUGUGGUCCACAGUUGGCCUCGUGCAGGCGGGUGGAGGGACCCGACCGCCGGCAUCCAUUAUCACUACGAGUACCAUGAAAGUCACGCCAGGAGAGUACCUGCUGUGGUGUGCCCUUAGAGCCCUCGUCCGCCUUCGUCGGGCUGUUAUUAACCACCGGCACCUUUUCUUGAAAGCGCGAGUGUAUCUCUAUCCAUGUGGGCCAAGCUGGCGUUCAGAUCGGCAAUGCCUGCUGGGAGCUUUACUGCCUGGAACAUGGCAUCCAGCCAGACGGACAGAUGCCCAGCUCAAAAGCGUACGGAGGUGACGGCUCCUCCAACACCUUCUUCAGUGAAACCGGAUCCGGGAAACAUGUCCCCAGAGCGGUUUUUGUAGACCUGGAGCCCACCGUCAUCGAUGAGGUACGCACCGGAACAUAUCGGAAGCUCUUCCAUCCCAAUCAGCUGAUCACCGGCAAGGAGGAUGCGGCCAACAACUACGCCCGCGGACACUACACCAUCGGCAAGGAGAUCAUUGAGCUGGUGGCGGAUAAGAUUCAUAAACUGGCUGACUUGUGCUCCGGUCUUCAGGGAUUCCUGGUGUUCCACAGCUUCGGCGGUGGCACCGGCUCCGGUUUCACUUCCCUGUUGAUGGAGCGUCUCUCUGUCGACUACGGCAAAAAAUCCAAGUUGGAGUUCUCCAUUUACCCGGCUCCCCGGGUUUCUACGGCGGUGGUCGAGCCGUACAACGCAAUCCUGACCACACACACCACCCUGGAGCACUCGGACUGCGCCUUCAUGGUGGACAACGAGGCUAUCUACGACAUCUGCCACAGGAACCUGGACAUCGAACGCCCCACGUACACUAACCUGAACAGGCUAAUCAGUCAGAUCGUGUCCUCCAUCACCGCCUCGCUUCGCUUCGACGGCGCCCUCAACGUGGAUCUGACGGAGUUCCAGACCAACCUGGUGCCCUACCCCCGCAUCCACUUCCCUCUGGCCACGUACGCCCCCGUCAUCUCCGCCGAGAAAGCGUACCACGAGCAGCUCUCGGUGGGUGAAAUCACCAACUCCUGCUUCGAGCCGGCCAACCAGAUGGUGAAGUGCGACCCCCGCCACGGAAAGUACAUGGCGUGCUGUCUCUUGUACCGUGGCGACGUGGUGCCGAAAGACGUCAACGCCGCCAUCAACACCAUCAAACAUAGACGCACCAUCCAAUUUGUGGACUGGUGCCCCACCGGCUUCAAGGUUGGCAUCAACUACCAGCCGCCCACCGUGGUCCCCGGCGGGGACCUGGCCAAAGUCCAGAGAGCCGUAUGCAUGCUCAGCAACACCACCGCCAUCGCCGAGGCCUGGGCCCGCCUGGACCACAAGUUUGACCUCAUGUACUCCAAGCGCGCCUUCGUGCACUGGUAUGUGGGUGAAGGCAUGGAGGAGGGGGAGUUCACCGAGGCCAGGGAGGACAUGGCUGCCCUGGAGAAGGACUAUGAGGAGGUUGGGGCCGACUCCAUCGACGAGGCGGGCGAAGAAGCAUGACAUUUUGAAAAGGAGAUGAAAAAUUAAUGGACAGCAUUUUUGUCUCGUUUUAAAAUGAAAUGAACGCUUGUCUUUAAAAAGCAUUGCUGCCAUGUUAGCUUCAUAAUCAAGCAUUACGGCUAAAAUAUUAGUUGAAAAAUGAAAUUAUGUGACUUGGCAGGAAUGUAUAGUUUCACCCACGCUAGCUUGUAAGGACAUUUAUUCCGAAUGCAUAGUUUCCUUGCAUGGAAAAAGAAAAUAAACCUGGAAGAAUAAUUACAAUCUUUAUGAAAAGACUGCAUGGUGGUGAGUGGUUAUAGCAUGUUGGCCACGCAGUCAGGAGUUUGAAUCUCCACUUGGGCAUCUUCUUCCACAAACAUGCAUGCUAUGUUAUUUGGUGACUAAAUUGUCCAUACAUGCUACCUUAUAAGGACAUUUAUUCCAAAUGCCUAUAGUUUCCUUGCAUGGAAAAUGAAAAUAAAUCUGGAAGAAUAAUUACAAUCUUUAUGAAAAGAAAAGGGCGGCACGGUGGUCAAGUGGUUAGCGCGCAGACCUCACAGCUAGGAGACCGGGGUUCAAUUCCACCCUCGGCCAUCUCUGUGUGGAGUUAGCAUGUUCUCCCCGUGCAUGUGUGGGUUUUGUCCGGGUACUCUGGUUUCCUCCCACAUUCCAAAAACAUGCUAGGUUAAUUAGCGACUCCAAAUUGUCCAUAGGUAUGAAUGUGAGUGUGAAUGGUUGUUUGUCUAUAUGUGCCCUGUGAUUGGCUGGCCACCAGUCCAGGGUGUACCCCGCCUCUCGCCCGAAGACAGCUGGGAUAGGCUCCAGCACCCCCCACGACCAUCGUGAGGAAAAGCGGUAGAAAAUGAAUUAAAGGCUACAUGGUGGUUAAGUGGUUAUAGCAUGUUGGCCAUGCAGUCAGGAGUUUGAAUCUCCACUUGGGCAUCUCUGGAGUUUGCAUGUUCUCCCACAAACAUGCAUGCUAGGUUAAUUGGCGACUCUAAAUUAUCCAUAGGUAUGAAUCUUGAGUGUGAAUGGUUGUUUGUCUAUAUGUGCCCUGUGAUUGGCUGGCCAAUCCAGGUAAAGAUGGAUGGAUUAAAAGAAAAACAACCUAAAAAUGCUCGAUUUUCAAUUAAAACUGAACUUAAUUCAAUUUCCACAACAGAUCCUCUAUCUACAUUCCCAAAUAUUUCAUAAACCAAUAUCCCAAUGUAUUGCUAAGUAUUGGAUAAAAACUGCUUGAGGGUGUAUAUUCCAAUGUGGUUGUGCUUUGCACACCAAUAAGAGACCGGAAAUGACAGAAGUUUCCUGUUCAAAGUCUUGUACCACUUCCAGGUGGGCACCAUACAUUCAAACAAGACCACUAGUCUGCAUGCAAUGGCAGUAUUGGUUGGUGCAAGGGAGACACCCAAAGGCUACGCACGGUACUGCACCUUGGACGGACUAGUGUAAAUUAAAUUUGCUCAACAGCACCCUCUAAAGGACGUCCUGAGAAUUACAAGCAAUUGUAACAAUGGCAAUGAGUAGGAAAUGAGUCUUAAUAAUGAGAGUGCAUCAGUGCUAACCAGUUCAACUAGUAAAUAUGAAGUACGACCGAAAGUAUACUAAGUUCUAUGUGAAGUAUUUCCAUAAUUGCCUCGUAUUAACUCUCUAACAAGAUCUCAGUAUAUAGACUGGUCAUAUAUCUCAUCUCGUUUCAUAUUAUCUACAUACUGUAUUGUAUAUAACUCUGGAAAAACAGUUGAUUUUGUUAAUACUUGGGUUGUUUAUAUUGUUUAUUUUUCUAUAUUGUGUAUUUUGU